CUUUUCCCCCCCUACCCACCUGACUGCUGGUUAGUGACCACAUCCUGUCUCUGACUCAGCCACAGGUUAAUAUUAAACGAGAGCAGCUGCACAAACUCCUGUCAUCCCCAAGUUUGCCGUAGUGGAAGCCUGGGUGCAAAGUGUGCUCUGCAAGGCAGCAGAUAACAGCAGUGGAUGGAAGAGGUACAGCCCUGCAGAUCAUUGUCUGGAGUGUUUGAGAAAAUAGAACUGAUUUCAGGGGAGGAGGAAGAAUGAAAGGAAAUUUGUUUCAUCUAUCAUAAGAAAAGUGGAAUGCAUGCUGAGAACUACCCUCUCUCCUCCCCACCAGGUCUGUGCUGGAUUAUUGACACAGUCUCUGUAACUAACAAACCAGCUUUGAUUCAGGUCAGGUGUGGCUUGUAGAGUCCCUUUCACUGUAGCCUGCUUGUACCAGCUUGUGAAUGUGAAAGGAGGAAGAGGGAUCUAUUUACUGCUUUACUUUGAAGAUUGGAGGGAGUUGGUAAGCACUCUCUUCCCCCUGCCCCCCUACUUUUCCUUGUAUUUUCCUGGACUUGGUCAUGGCACAGCAAAGUGGCCAGGCAAAUUGCUCUCAUGUAAUUGAUCACAGUCAUGUCCCAGAGUUCGAGGUUGCGCUGUGGAUCAAGAUCACUCUUGCCUUCAUCUACAUCUUUAUCUUUGUCGCGGGGAUCCUGGGCAACAGUAUCACCAUCCAGACCACCAAAGUGCUGCAGAGGAAAGGCUAUCUGCAGAAAGAGGUCACUGACCAUAUGGUGAGCUUGGCCUGUUCCGACUUGCUGGUCAUCCUGCUGGGGAUGCCUGUGGAGUUCUUCAGCAUUAUCUGGAGCCCCUUCUCCACCCCAAAUGGCAACGUGGCCUGCAAACUGUACUGCUUCCUCUUCGAGGCCUGCAGCUAUGCCACCAUACUGCACGUGGCCACCCUCAGCUUCGAGAGGUACAUUGCCAUCUGCCACCCCUUCAAGUUCAAGGCUGCCUCUGGACCCCAUAAGGCCAAGAUACUCAUUGCCUUUGUCUGGGUCAUCUCCAUCCUGGUGGCCCUGCCCCUGCUCUUUGCAAUGGGCACUGAAUACCCCCUAGAAAUUGUCCAAGGUCACCGAGGGGUGACUGCCUGUAUCACACCUACCUCCAGACACAACUGGGCUAACCUGAAGCACAAUGUCACUAUAUGUACAAAUCUUGCUUCCAAGUGGACUGUCUUCCAGUCCAGCAUCUUCAGCGCCUUCAUUGUGUACAUUGUGGUGCUGACAUCGGUGGCCUUCAUGUGCCGCAGCAUGAUGAAAACUCUGAUGAUCCUCAAGAAUGGGACUGUGACGGUUAAGGGGGUACAAAGUCACCAGGAGCAGUAUCUACGGAAAAAUGAAAGCAUGGAGAGCAAGAACUCCAGGAAACAGACCAUCCUCUUCCUAGGACUGAUUGUUGCCACUCUGGCAAUAUGUUGGAUGCCAAAUCAGAUUCGAAGGAUCAUGGCUGCCGCUCAACCUAAGCAGGACUGGACUGUGCCCUACUUCAGAGCAUAUAUCACCCUUCUUCCCAUUGCAGACACCUUCUUUUACUUCAGUUCUGUGGUAAACCCACUCCUGUACAACAUCUCUUCUCAGCAGUUCCGAACUGUAUUUCUACAGGUCCUCCGUUGCCAUCUGACGAUAGAACAUGCCAACAAACAGAAACUUCUGAGAGCCAAUUUGAAUUCUCGAACCAGCAGUAGCCGUUUUAUGCGUCCAUUGAUCUUCAUUUCAUCUAAGCGCAAUUCUUCUAGAAAGGGCCCUGUUUUCUUAAGUACUUUUCAGAAUGAGACCAAACCUGACUGCAGUCCACAGAAAUUGAAUCUUGAAUCACCGGAGACCAACUUGGAAAUAAUGCCACUAGAGACUAAUUUAGAGUCCAGUCCAGCUGCACAGAAUGGCUUUCAUGAACAUGAAAUGUGACUCCGUGUAA